AGUGGAUGCUGGGAGACACAUCAGCACGUUAUCAUUUUGGAUGUUAGAUGGUUUAAUUUACUUUGAUGUAAAAUAGUUUUGUGUUUGACUUAAAUGUAGAAAAAGAAUCAAUAUCCUGUUAUUUGGCUUAUUAUUUUGGAUUGAAAUUCACAAAAUCUUCCUUCAAGAAAUGCUGUGUUUGGGAAACUCCACUGACUGCCUACGGGACCAAAUGCAGUCCAUGAUGAGAUCCUUGCAGGACUUGAAGCAGAUAAGCAGGCCGAGACCACUCAGUGAGCCAUGUGCUCAGUCUUUUGCUGUCACAAGGCUCUGCAAACAGAGAGCGCAGCAGGGGCGACUCUGCCGUCUCCGCUCGUCCGAUUCCAGUGAGGCCAGCACCUAUGACUCUGCCUGCUGCCUGGCCAACUCACUGGAGGAGGAAGAGCAGCAGGAGAAUGAUGGACUAGCACAAGGUUCUCCUGGCAGUGAGAAGAGUGUGGACUUAGACUCCGGUUUCUCGGAGGCUUCCUGGAACGAUGAAGGGGUGGUGCUGAGAAGGACCAGAAACGUGCGCGUCUCCUCCUCCGCCUGUGUCCGGACAAACAGAGGAUCAUCCAUCCGGCCUAAGUCAACAUCUGACGUCUGCCUGGAGCGCUGGACUUCUUUCGAGGCGACCGAUACAGAGGACUGGACCACAUCUCUGCUGAGCCGCAGCAGGAACAGACAACCUUUGGUUCUCGGGGACAACAGCUUUGCGGACCUCAUAAAGAACUGGAUGGACCUGCCUGAUUUACCAGAACCAGCUGAAAUAAAGCCAAGCGCGGGCCGGCGCCUUGCAAAAGACAUUUUCGGCAACAUGCGUCGGAGGUUGGCAGGGAUGUCUAAAGGUGUGGAGCUGAGGCCAAAGCCAGCAGAUUCCACACGGUUAAGAAGAGCAGCAGAGGCUCCACAGAGGAUGUCCUGUCCCGUGGGAUUUGAGCCUCUCAAACCUUUCUUCCAUCAGUCUCACACAGGGCUGCAUCAGCUGGAAACUGAUUACUAUCAGUUCUCUGCACUCAUGAAGACAGGCAGCCGGCAGCCCAUCAUAUGCAACGACAUCAUUGGAUACAUUUGAACGUGUAUCAUUUAAGCCAAUAGAACUUAAAGACUUUUGUUCAUGAAUAAAAUAUUCUUUAAUUUAUUAAAAAAAAAUUUUCUAUUUUUGUUACAAUUAAGAAAAUGACUUAUUGGACAAUAAACAAGUU